CGGAAGUUGAGUCAUAAUUCAGAAUAGAUUGUCACUGCUGACGAGUGGCAAACACGACACAGUAACCAGAUAUAGCAAUGGCCACAUCGAGUGAUGUCGAUACCCUGAUCCAGUUGGAAGAAGAUGAGGAGGAGGACUUUGAGCUGACACAGCGUCGUAUAGAGGCUGAGAGAGCUGCUAGGGAGGAAGAAGCGUUCAAAAGAAACACCCUCCAUCUUGACAUCCCCCAACUUCCAGACGGAAAAACACACCAUCUUUUCAUUUCCCACAGCAACGACCCUCCAGAAGAAGAAGCAUGGGCAGAGGAACUGGUCAACACCAUGGAACGAGACUUCGGCUUGAAAUGUCUUUGGCCAAAACGAGAUUUCACUCCUGGCCAUGAUGUGGGAUCUUUGAUUCAGACAGGAAUCAUGUCGUCCAUGAAAGUUGUCUUCGUUCUGUCCCCUGCUUCCAUGGAAAGCCGAUGGUGCCUAUAUGAGCAGAAUUUUGCUUUUGGCAUUUCUGUUGAAACUAAGGAAAAUCUAAUCAUUCCUGUUAUGUUGAGCCAGUGCGACUUCCCAGGCAUACUGAAGACACUGAAUUAUAUUGAUGUACCUGCUGGAGAGGACUAUGCCUUCAAAAUCCGUCGAUGCUUUGACGAAGACAUACGCGCUUUUGACUAUCUUGUUCCGGAAAUGAUGAAACAUUGGAAAAACGAAAUAGGGCCUAAAAAUGGAACUGUUGUCAAGAUACUUGGAGAAAAAAAUGUGAAAUCCAUCUGGAGGGCACCAGCCUGGUCUUUUCGAGAUCUCGAGCAGCUCCAACGCUACCAGCUUCGCCAACUUGGAAGCAAGUUUGCUGAGAGAGUUUAUUACGAUGCAAAGGAUAUUGCCAACAACUCUGUCUGCAUGAAGUACUAUUCCAUCAGCCACUCUGGUUGUCUUUUUUGCGGCGUUUGCUGUUGCAGCACAUUAUCCUUGCUUUUGUUGAUGGAGCUGAUUGGUUUCAUCAUCGUAGCAUCAGUGAUGAGAAACGUAGAUGGUUCCUAUCUUCUGUUAGCGUUUUUACUCGUGCCUGUCGGUAUUGGUUUGGCCUGUGCUGUACAUUUGCGGAUGGUAAUGAGAUUGAGAGCUCGACUACGAGCAUAUUCCAUGGAGCGAGUUUUUGAAACAAAUAUCCUCAUCAACUUUAAAUCCAGAAAAUGUCAACCAAACUUGGAGGUCAUGUAUUACGACUUACAACCAUGCAUGAAAUACUUAUGUGACAUCAUCUACGAACAACGUGAGGCUGGUGAAACAGUCCCAGACAGAGACGAAGAGGGAGGGACACGAAACACUGGAAAACGUUACAUACUUUCUCUCAUUGAAGGAAAAUAUGACUUUCUGUUUGGCGACAGUGUUGAAACAACUGUGGUGGACAGGCAUCCUACAGCACAUAAACAUAAAUGCAUUUGCGAAAUGUUGGAAAAACACGUGAGGCAAAUGAGUGAAGAACAAAUAUGACCCAUUUAUGUAAAGUGUCGAAGACAAGCGCAACUUGCUUGCAAUGAGAGCAAGUUCAGGAGAACCCGGUGGCAAGAUGACUGCAUGUCAGAGUGCACUGAUGGCGAGGAUCGUCGCCAAUGAUUUAGCAACUUGUAUAACUUGUAUGACGUCAUUUACAUG